AUGAGGGCGACGCCAAAAGCUAGGCUUGAAGCUUUGAAGACGAGAUACGUGUCGACUCCAAAUAACCAACAGCUCGGAGAUGCAGCAAGCUCUGGGAAAGAAGACGUCAUGAAUCUAAUUCUCUCUCAUUUCCAUGACCUCGUGACCCAGAAAAACUCCUUGGAGGAUACUCCGCUCCAUGAGGCCAUUCGAAAUGAAAGGUUAAAUGCGACAAGAAUGCUGAUUUUCCUGAGAACAGACUUGGACAUUAUGUACUGGAAGAACAAGGAUGGUAUAUUGAAAGAAAAUAUAGAUAGGCUUUCAACGUUGCUUCACGUGAAAGGAGAAGAUAGGGCGACGCCACUGCACCCUGCUACAUCCGUUGGAAAUGUUGAGGCAGUACAGCUCCUGCUGAGUAAGUGCAGUUAUCUCGCCCUUCAAACUGAAAAAAACGGUUACUACUUGAUCCACAUCGCUUGCGAAGGUGGUAGCAUUGACAUAAUCCACGAGUUAAUGAAAAUGUGGCCCAACGUGGCAGAGAUGAAAAACAGAAAGGGUCAGAAGAACAAUGCGGUCCACCACAUACUCAAGGAAUGCAGCGAGCCCAUCAUCGAGAAGCUGGUCAAUUCAAAAGAUGUCGAUGGAAACACACCACUUCAUUUGGCAUCGAUGAACAACCAUUGCCAAGUCAUGCUCUCUUUGGUGAGGAACAAAAGAAGUGACGUCAAGCUUCUGAACAAUAACAAAAUGACCGCCCUGGAUGUGGCCCUGAAUCCCCAAAGCUGGAAGAUGCAAACGUUCUGUUACCAUGAAAAAGUUCUGGAGCAAGCAAGUCACCUCGUGCCGAAUGGAUCAAGGACCAGGUUGACACUAUUGCUCGUGGCCACACUGGUGGCCACAGUCACGUUCACUGCCGGCUUCACCUUGCCAGGAGGAUAUAAUGCUUCCAGUGAUCAACACCCAGGAACAGCAACCAUGCUGCACAACCGAGUGUUUCAGGUUUUCGUAAUUACCGACAAGUCAGCUAUGUACAGCUCCAUCCUUGCGGCCGUAGGCCUCUCCUGGGGUCACAGCAAUGAUUCCAAACUAGCAGAAGAAGCUUACCUCUCUGCAGGGCUACUAUUGUUGUUGGCUCUCGUCUUCAUGAUGGUGGCAUUUUGUGCAGCCGUAACGGUAGCGGUGAGCAAACUUAUAUGA